CAACGAGUCGGAAGAGAAGGAUUACAGUAAAUGUUUGACGCCCAUAAAGUGAACAAUGCUUCUUGCCUUCACGCGUCGAAGGAAGAGUAUUGUAUAACAUCCCCUGCACAUGGCUAUCGUGCACUAGCCUCGUUGCUUUCAUUCUCAAUACCAUCGCUGCCACUUUCACGUCUUACGAAGUUUAACGUCUCUGAUACCCCCACGGACUUCAUUUCCCCUCCACAAUACGAUCGCGAUCUCGUACACAUUUGGCAAAGUAGUCUAGGGAAUUAGGAUACAUCUUUUGAUAAUGGGAAACAGUCCAUCACGAACCUAUGGAAGACCCGAAACUGUGUACCCACCAACGCGACCUACAGCAUGGCCUACCCACCGUAAACGUUCAAGAGGCGGUAUGGAGUCCCGUGCAUGGUAUCCUGACGAUGUAAGAAACCAGUAUCCCCAGACACGUCCUCCAUUUCCUCAGGCGCAGUUUUAUAACCCUCAACAGUUCUACCCAACGUAUGCCCCGCCAGUCACAGUGGCUCCAAUACCCUUUGCUCCUGUUGUAGGGCAGCCAGGCAUGCCACCCGUGAUACCCCCAAUGCCAAUAUUUCAGACUACACAGUCCGCCCCUCAACAUUCUGCUGCACAUGCCACCAUGCCGGCACCUCAAGUUGCAUCCUCGACGUCCGAUCAACCUGUAUUCCCACCUGCCCCCGUCCUUUUCCCUAAUGCCACCACUCCUGUGAUACCCCAACAGUCCUCUUAUUCCAGUUCACAGGAACCUGUCGAUCAACCUACUCGUCGUUCCGGUUCCCCUUACAUACAACCAGGGGCACCAUUAGCCCCGGGACAGUAUGGACCUCGAGACACUUAUGACGAUCACUCACGAACGCCAUCAUCAGAUCAUCACCAUCAUUCUCAUCACCACCAGCGAGGGAGAAGCGAUAACAUCGAAUACGACCGGCGGCAUCGGAAUCCACUUCCCUCUCCUCCGAAAGACCUCUUCGAACUUUCACCAUAUAUCACCCUUCUCCGGGAUCUCAAGCUGCCGCCUGAGGAAAGUACUCUUAGAAAGCACGCUCCUGCUGCCCCCCGGUCUGUCUUGAUCACACCAGUGGUCGCUCAUCCCCAGCAUCAGGGAUCACAGUCAAGCCGUGAAAGGAAACAGAGAAAGGGCCUCUUUCGUUCUCUCAGUUCUCGUCUUGCACCCAAACAUAGAGAACAUCAUGACAGCCAUUAUGAUAGACCCAUGUUUUUCCCUUCUACAGCACCUCCGAUAGUCAUCCCCGCGCCGGAGGGUCAACGAACGCCGGGAGGAGGUAUGCAGUACAUAUACUCUGCGCCACUGCCUGGAAUCCCGGAGCCGCAGCAAAGCAUGUUUAGCCAAUCCCCAAGAGCACCGCCCGCAGUCAUACCGAAUCGGACGCCCUCACCUACAAACAGAAUGCCGUCGCCUGCUCCUUCUCAUCGAGCCCCACGCGCUCGUACGCCGGCACCUCAGCUCUCACCUCCAAUCAAAAUAGAUCAUGAGAAUCACCUUUCUGGACUCGUUCAUUACUCUCCUCAUACUGUCCAUUUCAAUCGGAAAGUAUACCCUACGGCCCACCACCUUUUAGAAGCUCUCAAGUUUAUGGAGCAUCGGCCAGAUGUUGCAGAGCGAAUUCGGACGUGUGGCGGAGGCCCCGAAGGCGUGGACACUGCAAGUCGAAUCGCUGAUGAAAUGCGUGAUUUUGUCAGGUCUGAUUGGGAUCAAGUCGUUGUACCCACGAUGGAAGAGGUGUUGUAUAACAAACUCAUACAACAUCCAGAUCUACGGCGAUUCCUCAUGGAGACCGGUACUUCCGACCUGCUCUACUCGUCUCGUGAUGAUUUCUGGGGAGAUGGGCCCCUCGGUCAGGGUGCGAAUGAAUUGGGUAAAGCAUUGGUACGUGUAAGGGAGAGGCUACGGGAGGAAGGUUAUACCGCUGAUAUGUAGGUUACUUGUCGUAUAAUCCUGGCUAUCAUGGCAUGCUAUUUCAUACUUUAUCUGCACUAUGAAGUCCGUCACCCGAAUUCAUCGCACAUGCGAACUUCAUUUUGAAGCGACUGAGUUCGAUAAAAACGCGGGGGCGCAGACGAAUAGCCCUCUUUAUAUUUUUAAUUUUGAACACUAUCGUGCCUUCGAUAGCUCAGUUGGAAGAGCGCGAGACUGUAAUAUAUGCAUCUCUCCCCA